AUGGAGCCUCACCCACCCCCCGACAGCGGUAUCGACUUCCCCGACGCUCCAUUUAUUCCGUACAAUAAAGUUGCCUUACGCCUUCUCGAGAUGCACUUCAAAGAUGCACCAUACGUUCUCAAUCCGCCGUCAGCUUCGGACGAAAAUGUCGACACAGUUAUGCACUCAACAGAACUCCCUCCAGUCACAUCUCAGAGCUCUGGUUCGAACAUUUUGCAGGCAACAUCUUCCACCCUUCCGAAUCAACCAUCCGGCUCACUUCCACUCAUUCCACCACCCAUUUCCUGCAAUGAAGACGUCGAGAUGACUCCGUACGAGGAACCAUCGUCACUCGACCAACGUAUGGACGAUUCGCCGCCGACGGAUCCACCUGUAGGCGACGCAACAUCGAUACAGCAGUCUUUGUUCGACUUGGAGUUGGAUUGUCACUCGACGGAUUCUGACGGUUCAACGGAAGCUGAUGAGAGCAAUUUUGGUGCUUCAAGAGAGGUUGACGAGGUAGUGGGUCCAGAUGCCGAUGAAACAGUUCAUUUCCUGCGUCGCUUCAACAUCUUUGUGGACCCCGAUUACCGCCAAACGAUUUGUGUCUGCUGCAGCAAGAUUAUUCUCAGUUCUCACAUGUAUGGCCAUCAAAAGAAAGAACACUUUCGGCCUAAGCGCGGUCAGCGUACGCUUAAACUUCCUCCAAAGCAUCAAAUUGAUGCUGCAUUGUCGUCCCUUGGUGCCGAGAACCCUCUUCCCAUUCCGAUGACCGGUAUUACAGCUAUUCCACUUGUUGAAGUCAAGCAGGGCAUCCAGUGUUUGGAAGCUGGAUGCCUGGCGUGCUUCGCCGGCAACAGAAAACGCGAUCUCAUCUAUCAUCACUACGCCCGACUCCAUCCUCAUGUUAAGCCACCACCAAAAUUCGAAAAAUUCCCAAACGUGCGCUGCCAGUCGAGUUCUUCUCAGAGAAGUAAACGAUUUUACUUCUGCGUCACUCCGGCGGACGAGAUCACUUCCCAAGCCUUCUCAGACGUCCUGGCGAAGGCUAAUUCACUUGACCUUUUGAAUCCGUCGGAUGUUUUCCACAGUUCUGAGAGCGCACAGGAAAGGAAUAUUGCGUAUGCACAGACCCGAUGGGAUUUAAUGUUGGAAGGCGUCAAGGUUCCGGCCUUGAGGGUUCUAGCGGAAACAACGGUUAGACCGGGCGAGGAAUAUCUGGAAAGGUUGAAGAUCAUGGUCCGGCAAUACUACGAAGUUAUCGUCAAGGACAUUCCCAAGCUAACAAACUUAACCAGACGGUAUAUCCUGUCCUACAAAAUUGGAGUCCCGCAUGACCGCCCUUUUAAGCGACCGCAAGAGAGAGGAACUAUUGACAAGGACUCUGACUACAUGUCGAGAUUUUUGUUCUUUUUGAUUCGCUCGCUCGAUACAUCAAUCGAAAACUUCCCGAUAGUUUUGCAUCCGGACACUGCCCACCUGCUCCUCCACUUGCGAGAACUACUACAGCAUCCGACGUCCACCCCUGUUGACCUCCACUUCGUUAUACACGAGUGUCUAUGGUCAAUUCUUUCAGUCGUUAGCGACGACUUUCUAUUCGAUGACUUGCAGUGUCCCUUCACGCGUUUCCUGUUCGCUUCGAACAUACAUGAUGAUUAUGGAACAUUCGAGAACGUUACCAUAAUUCCACCACGGAUUACGAUGAUCCAGUGGUGCUUCCGAGCGACUGGUGUACAGCAGGUCAUCCAAACCAUGGAGACAGAGGGUAUUGAUAGCCAAUCUGUUGCCGACUACCUUUGCGAUAGCAAACCCACCUUAUUCAACAACCUCAGACAAUAUAUGAAGCUCUUUAGUGCCAUAUCCCAUCGUCAAAAGCCCAUUGCAAAAAUGAACCUCAAUCCACAAAGGACAGUCAUUUCCAUCGACAGCAGCCCCAUCAUUAUUGCCGACUUUAUCAAAGGCAUUAACAAUGCACUCGAAGUUGUCGAAAAUAAGGUGGACGGACUGUUCCGUGGUUGCGUUUACCAGGAUCUGCUUGAACGAAUAGACCGUUCGUUGAUUCCAGAUUCGUCAGGACAGCCGUAUUGGUUUCGGGACAGUGUUGCAAAUAUCGAUUGCGGUUACUCGUUCAUCAAAGAGCCUUGUAACCAGAUGGAGGAAGAUCGACAUCGACUUCUUCGUUACCUGUGUCAAGAUUCGCGUUUUUUCAAGAUGGUCCCUAAUGUUGGAGUCUUUGCAUGUGAAGGCGCAAUGCGGGAAUGGUUUUCGGAGGUGAACGAGGUCAUCAAAGGCAUUUUCUACCUUAUCGUGUGUACUUGGGGCGGUGGCGCUCGUGGUACAGAACUCCAACACCUUUCCUAUGCAAACCAUCCAUCUCACUCCCGCAAUAUCCUUUUCAUCAACGGCAUCCUCACCGUCGUAACCACAUACAACAAGACCCUAUCCAUUACCGGGGUUGGCAAGAUGAUCGCACGUAGUCCGGCUGUACGCGUUAGCCGUCUACUUGUAUUGGUUCUGUGGCAGGUGUAUUGGGCCUGCGCUCACCUCUCGCUCUAUACUGGCAUGAGUAAGGAGAGCUCCCAGCGGUACCUGCACGAGGUCUUUGUUUUAUCAGGCGAAAGUAUGACCAGCGAAAAAUUCUCCUCCACACUCGGCUACUAUAAUUCACUCUCCGUCGGGUUUCAGAUCAAACUGGCUGACUUUCGUCAGCUAAUGGCCACCCUUCUCAUUAAUUUCACCCAUUCUUGUUUCUACGAUGAGGAUGACGAUGAGAUGCGAAUGGUUCAUGAGUCUUUUGGACACUCGGUCGCCGUCGGUCAGAAGCACUAUGCCGUCGACUUUGUGAACAGUGCCACGGACCUGUCAUCUGAUCUUGUCGCAAGGAUGCAGGUAGUAUCGUUCAAAUGGCAGCUUUUCAUUGGGUUACUGCACCAAUCGUUGAAGACAAAGAUAGAUGUAUCUAGAGCACCAACAUCCAACGGGCUGGAGUCUUCGAUGAAGGAGUUGGACAGUCUUCUCCGAAGUCAUCACAACACUCUCGGAAAGCAAUUUGAAAGUCUGUUUGAGUCUUACGAGCAGAGAGCCCAACAGAACCUGCGACGUGAGCUUGAACUUCAAUUCACAGAGUUCGGUAACCGUCUGCAGAGAGUCUCCGAGCCAACUACCACGUCGCUACCCUCCACUGUCAUUCCUCGACUCUCUGUUCAUCCCCACAUGCGGGAUGUACUUUCACGCACGCUGGGUAACCACAUUUCUUAG